AUCGUGCGUGGCGCCGAGCACCUGAACACGGCGUUAACACGGACAGCACGUAGUAAACGCGUGCAUGCCACGCUCCCAUCUCGAAAGUCCUUACGAACUCGAACCUCUGAACACUUCGACGUCCACCUUUCCCUCAGAGAACAUCAUGGAGCAUCACACAGAGCUGUCUGGUGGUUAUAGCGACCAACGAGAACAUCUUCUGGGCGAGGCUAGUCCUACCGUAGCGACAGACGAGAAGAAAGCGUUGCGUCGGUUGAUACUCAAGCUUGGAGCCUCAUUCUUCCUCUUUGGCCUCAUUAAUAAUGUCCUCUAUGUCAUCAUCCUAUCCGCCGCUUUGGACCUCGUCCCUCCAUCUACACCGAAAGGAAUCAUCGCAUUCUGCAACAUCGCACCCGCCUUGGUAGCCAAGAUUGGAUGGCCAUAUUUUCUGAAGGGACGGAUACGCUAUGCGAAGCGACUCAUAGGGUGCUGUGUGCUCAGUGUGGCGGGGAUGAUCGUCGUAGCUGGAUUCGAUGGUCUUGCUAUGCGAUUGCUCGGAAUCUGUUUGGCCUCGUUCUCUUCCGGACUCGGAGAACUCACGUUCCUCCAGCUUUCGACGACUUAUCAUCCACCUUCCAUCGGUGGACACAGCGUUGGAUACUUUGCAUCUGGGACGGGUGCUGCUGGACUCGUCGGCGCUUUUCUUUGGUGGGAGGUACGCGGCCUGGGCGUCAGAAUCGGUGUUGGCAUCUCAGCGGUCCUUCCCCUCAUCAUCCCACUCACCUUCUUCUUCCUCAUCCCCCGCCCCUCUGCCUUCACAUCCCUAGUAGACAGCGACCCCGACGUCCUCGAAGAUGCACAACCUCGGGCCACUCCAUACACUCCACUAUCGACGUCGGAUGAUACGGCGGAGGAGGGGCAGGGUGAGCUUUCUGACCGCCCGGAGAAGAGGGUGUCGUUGAGUGCGAGUGAUAAAUGGGUUUUGGCGAAGCCGUUGUUGGCUAGGUAUAUGUUACCUUUGUUCUGUGUCUAUCUAUUCGAGUAUACUAUCAACCAGGGUAUCGCGCCCACACUAGUAUAUCCUGUCCCGUCUCAUGAAGAAUAUCCUAUCUUGAGCACUAUAAUAAAGUCCAUCCGUGACUACUACCCACUCUGGCAGCUCGUCUAUCAGACGACUGUCUUCCUCUCCCGCUCCUCCAUUUCUCUCGGCCUUCCACCUCUGCCAGCUCGCCUACUCUCCCUCCCAGCGAUCAUUCAAGCUUUCAUCCUCUUGACUCUCCUCUUCGAGAGCGCAGUGGGAUUCUUCAGCGCGAGUGCGGAGGAGAUCAAUAUCAUCAUGGUGUUCCUGCUCAUCAGCCUGGAAGGUAUAUGUGGCGGGCUAGCCUACGUGAACUGCUUCUACCGCCUCAACCAAGAACAACCCGACCCGUCCUCCGCCUCGGACCCCGAACGCGCGAAACAGGAGAAGGAGUUCAAGAUUGGGUCCAUUGGGUUGGCGGAUUCGAUGGGGAUAUUGGUGGCGGCGUUGGUGGCGGUGCCGACGGAGGUAGAGCUUUGUAGAGUGCAGGUCGGGAGGGGGAAGGAGCUUUGUAGGCAGCUUUGAGGAUUCGGAGGAGGGAUGGAAGGGUGGGCGGGGGAGAGUGAGUAAGUGGAAGGGACGCGUGUGGUAGGAGGUAGGAUAGUGGGUUCGUUGGUAACAUAUCGUAUUAAC